GCCCCAGGCUCACGUCCCGAUCCUGCCUUGAGUGGCCCAGGGCGGGGGACCUGGAAGUUUUAGCCUCGCGGCUCCUGAGGCGGAUUAAGUAGCCCAAGAAACAUUAUAUUCAUGCUUAGGUGGAGAAAAGCAGGGCUAGAAUUGGAACCCAAAGCCCAGAAUGGCAGGAGAGGAUGCAGGGGCUCCACCCGAUCACCUCUGGGUUCACCAAGAGGGUAUCUACCGCGACGAAUACCAGCGCACGUGGGUGGCCGUCGUGGAAGAGGAGACGAGUUUCCUAAGGGCACGAGUCCAGCAAGUUCAGGUUCCCUUAGGUGACGCAGCUAGGCCGAGUCACCUUCUUACCUCCCAGCUACCUCUCAUGUGGCAACUCUACCCUGAGGAGCGCUACAUGGAUAACAACUCUCGCUUGUGGCAGAUCCAGCAUCAUUUAAUGGUCAGGGGAGUACAGGAGCUGUUGCUUAAGCUUUUGCCUGAUGAUUAACCUGGUGCUGGGAUUCUAGGAAGAUAUGCUCCUCUGUUCUGUUCAGUACAUGGCAAUCACUUCAUCCACCACUGCAGUGCACCCACCUGUGGGCCUGGGGGGAGGGAGUGGGUUGAACAAC